UUCAGUUUUUUUUGUCAAAGACGUAAUUUGCAGAGAAACUAGGCUCGCUUUGGCACCGAAUGGCGCGGUCGCAGAUAUCAGUGUAGCACCUCCCACGUGACUUGUGACGUGUCACGCCGUAAAAGAUUUUUUUUUUUAGGAGAAUGCAUAUGCUGCUCAAGGGGGGGAUCUUCAACGGCUUCCUGACGCCGAGAGGAAGUCCCAAAAAGUAGAUAAUUUUUGGGGAUAUAAUAUUUUUUAAAUUCUACUCCCCGUCUUGUGGUGUCUAGCGGAUACAAGGAGGUAGAGGCUAUGAACUUGUACACUGUUACCCUCAAUGGCCCAGCGCCAUGGGGCUUCAGGCUGCAGGGAGGCAAGGACUUCAGCAUGCCCCUCACCGUGUCAAGGCUGACUCCAGGUGGAAAGGCGGCUCAGGCUGGAGUCGGGGUGGGAGACUGGGUGGUUUCGAUCUGUGAUGCCAAUGCUGAAGACAUGACUCAUGUGGAGGCACAGAACAAGAUUAGAGCAGCAACAGACUCCCUCACCCUCACCCUCAGCAGAGGUUCUAAAUUGGUGGAAGAGCGAAAGGAUUCACACACGGCAGGUUCUGCUCAGCCAAAGUACUCCUUUGCCCCGAGCACAACCAUUAACAAGAUGGCAAGGCCAUUUUCAGCAGGUGGUGGCAGUGCCAGCUCAGGACCCGUUAUUAAACCUGUGGCCUAUUCGCCUAAACUUAACACCCCGCACUCACAGGGCAAUGCCAGCACACAGCAGCCACAGAAUGGCCUUGAGCCAACUACCUCUUCUGCAAAGACCCAGGCUGCAGAGAAACCAGAUGGAUCCAAGACCGGAGCUGCUGCUGCAGCAGCAGCACGGGGCUCUGGCCCCACCUCCCGCCCACCCUGGGUCACAGACCCGGGCUUCGCCGAUCGCUUUCACCCGGACAAGACCAGCACCGUGGUGACCCAACACCAGCAGCCCGCCCAACUGACACCCAAGCAGAACCGCAGCUCCAUCAUGCAGGCAGCGCAGCAGGCACCCGAGGACAGCAACAGGACCCCGGUGUGUGGUGCCUGCAAUAAAAUCAUCAGGGGGCGGUACCUGGUGGCGCUGGGUCGCUCUUGGCACCCAGAAGAGUUCACCUGCUCACAGUGUAAGGCGGUCCUGGAGGAGGGCGGCUUCUUUGAAGAGAGAGGCGCCGUCUACUGUACCAAGUGCCACGACAACCGAUACGCGCCAAACUGUGCCAAGUGCAAGAAGAAAAUCACAGGGGAAAUCAUGCACGCCCUGAAAAUGACCUACCACGUGGAGUGCUUCAAAUGUGCCGCCUGCAAGGCUCCCAUCAGGAACCAGGCCUUCUAUAUGGAGGAGGGGGAACCCUACUGUGAGAAAGACUACGAGAAGAUGUUUGGCACCAAAUGCCACGGCUGCGACUUCAAGAUUGAUGCCGGCGAUCGUUUCCUGGAGGCCUUAGGCUUCAGCUGGCACGACACGUGCUUCGUCUGUGCUCUCUGCCAAAUCAACCUUGAGGGUAAGACGUUCUACUCGAAGAAGGAUAAGCCGCUGUGCAAAAGCCACGCUUUUGCUCCGGUGUGAGAGGAGCCAGCUGCAUCUGCAGAAAGAACAACUUCUGCCUCCACCUCCUCUUUACCCCGUUUUGCCCUCUGACACGAUCAGCAUUGCCAACCACACAGCCACUUCAGCUCAGUCUGUUUUUUUUUUUAUAUCCUGCAGACUUUAUUUUCAGAGGCUUCAUUCUGACUUCACAUGCUGUCACCUUCUAGGGCUGCUAAAACUCUCCAGAUGUCACUUUGUAAUUAACAUUUUGCUGCUUUACUGGAACUAAUCGAGAAAUUAUUUCAGAUCGUCAGCUCUUGAUAUAUAUAUAUAUAUAUAUAUAUAUAUAUAUAUAUAUAUAUAUAUAUAUAUAUAUAUAUAUAUAUAUAUAUAUAUAUAUAUAUAAUGCUCAGAUUUCAUCAAUACACUUCUGUACUGAGAGCAGAAAAGCUCCUCCCACAGCGCCUGUAAUGCUACUGAACCCGGUUUAGCAGAAUAUUAUCAUUGGAAUGUUAAACAAAGACUCACAUUUUCUCUUUUUUUUCCUCUUUGCUCCUCCCCCUCAUGCUCUUGUUCUGAUAAUAAAGGUCAAAGAUCACAUGAAACACUAGUUUCAUGAUGGAAUUUAUUUCUAUGCUUUAAUUUUCUGUAGCUUUUAUGUUGAAAGUUUCAAAUAAAACCCUUUUAGAUGCCACACAAACUGAAGAAACUCAAUUAUUUAAAAACAAAAACAUGUUAUUUGUGUUUUGACUUGUAUACAAAUAAUUCCCUGUUUUUUUUAAUAUGUAAUUCAAAAUGUAAUAAUGUUCCACAUUUGAAUCUAUCUAAUCUAACUGCAUGUCAUUAAUGUUCAGUUAUUUCCUAAAAGAAGAUUUUAGACUCUUCACUGUUUGGCAGAGAUCAUGAACUUCACAAUUUUCAUUUAGUUUUGUUUCCUUCUCUUCACUUUGCACGACUCCUUUAACCUUUCACACGGUUUAAUAAACUGGGUUUGUUCGAUAAAA